AUGUCAGGGCGGCGGCACGUCGCGUUGUGGGAGGGAGCGGGUUCACCAUCAUGGCGGCUUCCAUUUCGGGUUAUACGUUUAGUUCCUUGUGUUAUCACAGCGCAAAUAGCAACUCGGAUCACGAGGGCUUCUUACUAGGUGAAGUGAGACAAGAAGAGUCGUUCUCGAUCAGUGAUUCUCAGAUUAGUAACACAGAACUAUUACAAGUUAUAGAGAUCCAUAGGCAUGAACCAUGUACAAAUCUUUUCAGCUUUUAUGAUUAUGCGGGCACUAUCAACGAAGAAAGUUUUAAUCGUAUUCUCAAGGACAGACGGAAAAACGUGAUUGGUUGGUACAAGUUUCGAAGAAACACCCAACAGCAGAUGUCGUAUAGAGAACAUAUUUUGCACAAGCAGUUAACUCGCCUUCUUGGUGUUCCUGACCUCGUCUUCCUGCUCAUCAGCUUCAUUUCUACUGCCAACACUUCCACUCAUGCCUUGGAAUAUGUGCUCUUCAGGCCUAAUCGCAGGUAUAAUCAGAGAGUGUCUCUAACAAUCCCAAACCUGGGCACAACCAGUCAACAGGAAUAUAAAGUGACGUCGGUGCCAAACACCUCACAGAAUUAUGCCAAAGUGAUCAAAGAACAUGGUACCAAUUUUUUUGACAAAGAUGGUGUAAUGAAGGACAUCCGAUUAAUUUAUCAGGUUUAUAAUGCGUUACAGGAAAAGGUUCAGGCAAUCUGUGAAGAGGUAGAAAACAGCGAGAGGGUUGUAGAAGCUCACCAGUCAGAAGUAAAUGAACUCCGAGCCCAGGUCUGCAAAAGGAAGGCAGAAAAGCAACGCAAAGAGAAUCUGCGUCAGUCCAUGUUAAUCCAGACACAAGUGCCUGCAGAGAGCAUGGUAACGCUUGCGGACUGUUUAGGUGCCACUUCUAGACCACAAGAACUCCUUCCUCCUGCUUACUCAGAAGAGAGUAUACAUGCAGAUGAAGGAGUAGAUAGCACACCCGACAUGCCCAGGCCACAGGCUGUGGGAUCUUCCUGUCAUGUCCGUCAAGAGGUUAAGGAUAUUGGCACAAUCGCCUCUAAGACGGCUGUGAAUGAAGACACGGAGGAAUCCCCAAGUGAACAUAGAAAGCCUCAGCACCGUUCAGAAUCUCCUGACAGUGAGAUGAUAGAGGAGCAGCCUUACCAAGCUACCGCACAGCCAGAUGGAGAACUGGCACAACAGUGACUAACACCUUCAUGCCCAGACCUAGACUAAGGUCUCAUUGUGGCAUUGAAAGAUGGAAUGUAGACAGAUGAAGCUGCCAGCCUUUUAUUGGGAGUUCCUCAGCUGCCUGUGUGUGGGCCUUAUACUCCCGUCAGCUUCCUGAUUUCUGAAUCGCCAGUACUUGUGUGAAGCUGAAGAGUACACCGAGCUGCUUGUUCUAUGUCUCCUGUAUAUUUUGAGCCAGUACUGUCAACCUCAAGGGGGCGUUGUGUAGAUUAAAGGGAUUAUUAGGUAAUAAAGGGAGGCGGGACAUUGAACAGCUCACACCCUAUUAUUAUUUUUUUUACAUUUAUUUUAUUUUUUUUAGCCUAAAAUCUACCGUAAAUUAAAGGGGUUAUCCAGGAAAAAAACAUACACACACACACACAUAAUAUUUAUAUAUAUAUAUAUAUAUAAUAUAUAUAUAUUCAAUCAUCUGGCUCCAGUUAAAGUUAAAUUAGGUUAAAGGGGUUAUCCAGAAAAAACAUAUAUAUAUACACACACACAUAUUAUUUAUACAUAUAUAUAUCUCAUCUGGCUCCAGAAAGUUAAACAGAUUUGUAAAUUACUUCUAUUAGAAAAUCUUAAUCCUUUCAGUACUUCUGAUCUUCUGAAGUUAAGGUUGUUCUUUUCUGUCUAAGUAAUCUCUGAUGACACGUGUCUCGGGAAUCGCCCAGUUUAAAAGAGGUUUGCUAUGGGGAUUUGCUUCUAAACUGGGCAGUUCCCGAGACAGGUGUCA